AUGAAUGGUCGAAUAGUUGAAGAAGGAAAGUCUAAAGUUGUUAAAGUAUUACCUAAAAGACAAAUAUGUUUUGACGGGCAAGCAACGCUUUUAAAAAACGAUGGCACAAUUACUCACAUGCACAAUUUAAAUGUUGGUGAUAAUAUUUUAGUUGCUUAUUAUUCACCUAAAAAUGAAUUAUUGGUUAAGUAUAGUCCUGUUUUGGCUAUUGAUGUAUAUCAACAUUAUAACGAAAAAUAUCCAACAGAAUACUUGGAAUUACAUACCACAUCAAAAUCAACAACACAACAAUUACGUAUUACUCCAACCCAUCAUUAUUGGUGA